AUGCUGUAUUUACAACGUGAGGAGCUUUUAAGACCACCACAUGGUCUCCCACCUGCGACAGAUUGCCCGUUUUCUGAUAUACAAACUGCCCAGGACGUCCUCAUGGCACAGGAAGCAGAGGCCUCUCUUGAUAUAAGUGAUUCGACUCUCGGUAGUGAUGAGUCGACGUACACAGAGUCCUUACGAUCCAGCCUCCUCCAAAGUGUGCGGGAAAACGGCCGAGCCUACCAUCGAUAUCGUGAUGGACACUACAUCCUCCCCGACGAUGAGAGAGAACGCGACCGGCUCGACAUGCAGCAUGAAAUGUGUCUUCGCACGUUUGGCCGGAAGCUGAUAUUGGCUCCAAUUGAAAACCAUAGCAUCAACAACGUCCUGGAUAUUGGCACAGGCACCGGGAUCUGGGCCAUUGAUUUCGCGGAUGAGCAUCCAGAGAGCAAUGUGAUCGGGACCGAUCUCAGCCCGAUGCAGCCAACAUUGACGCCUCCCAACUGCAGGUUUAUUGUUGAUGACUUUGAGGAUCAAUGGUCCUGGACCGACAAUUUCGACCUUGUCCAUGGAAGGAUGUUAUUAACUAGCUUCCGUGACGGAAAGAGGCUUAUCCAACAAGCCUACGACUCGCUCAAGCCAGGAGGUUGGCUGGAGAUCCAAGAUGUCCUCAUGCCCGUUACUUCAGAUGACGAUAGCAUGAAAGGCUCUUCCUUCGCCCAGUGGCAAGAUCUAUUCUUCGAAGCCACGAGGAAAAUCGGCCGCGAUCCUGAAGAUGUUGGUAAGUACGACCAAUGGAUGAGAGAAGUAGGGUUUCAGGACGUUGCACGCCUUUCAUACAAAUGGCCACAAAAUCCGUGGCCCAAAGACAGUUUUCUCAAAGAGAUGGGGGCGUGGAACCUGGUCAACAUUCUCGAUGGUCUGGAGGGAUUUACCCUCCGUCCAUUCAUGGAAAUCCUGGGGAUGAGCUUCGACGAUGUCCAGGUUCUCCUAGCCAAGGCAAAGCAGGACGUCAAGAAUCGUCAUAUUCAUGCUUACUGGAACGUGUUCGUAUUUGGAGUCCCUCCUCGGUCUUGGAGUUCGAAGUUGACACCGACGUAG